AUGCCGCAGGCAAACAUCCCUGACUGGCGCUUUGCCAAUGAUAAAGGCAGGUUCUCCGUAACUUCCUUCAAGGGCCACAAACUGGCCUGCAACGUCGACAUAAAAUACCCUGACUGCAACAAAGUCGCGAUUCUCUGUCCAGGGCUGUACGCGACCAAAUGCCACGUACUUCUGACUACUAUAGCCGACGGGCUACCGGUCAAUUCGAUUCGUUUCGACUUCCGCGGCAAUGGAGAAUCUGAAGGCGAUGAGGACUGGAGCUUUGGAGGCUAUGUGGAUGAGGCAAAGGAUGACUUGCACGCAGUUGUCGACGCAUGCUCAUCGUAUAAUCUCGAGGUCGUGUGUAUAAUCGGUCACUCCCGAUCGGCGACGACCGUUCUUCUUCACGCUGCAAUUUUUGAUGAUAUCCCACUAGUGGUCAGCCUUGCGGGUCGUUACGAUAUGCGACAAGGCCUAGAAAAACACUUUUCUUCUGAAAAAUUCAAGGGGUUCUCAGUGCUGACUGCCGGUACGGGGAUGGGCAAGCAAGCUGACGUUCUGUCAGCCACGCUUGAGAAUGACAAAAACAUUUUGAAGAAGCAAGGCGCAGAAGUCGACGAAAAAGUCGAAUUCGUUUCCCCAGAUGGCCGCAAACGCGUCAUAACAAAAAAGUGUGUCCUCGACCGUCUCACGCUUGAUCUCCGACAGUAUUUCUCGCAGAUCAAAAAUACGAAAAAGAUUCUAAUCCUCCACGGCUCUGAAGAUCGUACUGUGCCUUGUGAAGACGCUACACAACUGGCUAACGCCCUUCCACAGAACAAGACCAAAGUUGUGAUUAUCGAAAAGGCAUCCCAUUCCCUCGUGGACAGUCAGGCGAUCAAGACCCAGGUCGUCCAGGUCAUCGAAAACUUCAUAGUCGAAAACGGCCUCAGUUGCAAGAAGGCUUAA